AUGCAGGACGUUUGUCAUCUGAAAGAGGCCAAGCGGACAAGGCUGAGGAAGAAACAUCAGGGCCAUCAGCCAACAGAUGCCCAGGUGUUGGCGAGCAUCAGCUCUAAAGAGCUAGCCAAGCACUGCCGCAGGAAAACCCGGGGAGUGGAGGAGACCCGUGCCCUCAUCAAAAGUCUUCUAGACUCAAUGUGGCAGCUUGUUGACGGCACCGGGCUGCACCUCAUCAACCACGACCACAUGUCUCGAGUGUGGGAGGGUGGAGAUGCAAUGCAUUGCACACUCAAGAUGUACAAGCUUGAGGGUGUUUCAAGGUGGAAUUUGAACCGGUCAGCACAAGCACUUGGUAUGACUGAGACAUCCUGGACAAAGAUAUAUGACAUACGCUUGAUUUACAACGUGAAUGCGCUCAGCCACAAAGUCUUGGGAAAACCUCUUCUUCCAGAGUUUAUCCCCCCUGGGAAACCUACCGGAGAGCGUAUUGCUGUGGAGUAUCUUCUCGCACAGUCCAACAGAGGAGAUCUUCUGAGACAGCAGGUUGGUGAUAUUGAUGAUGAGGAUAAUGAUGGCAUCCUGCCAGAUAUCUUCGAUGAAGACCUCGAGGAUGAAUGUCCUGAUUUGACCGUACCACAGGCUCAUGACCUCACAUUGCAGGAAAUUGAAAGCGGUGGCCCCAGGCCCAGGUCAGAUCCCCGGUCCCCAUUUGAGGAGAGUUAUGCCUCUGCAAGACCCGUCCACUCCCCAAUUGAGGAGAGAGAUGCCUCUUCAAGUCCCUUCCACUCCCCAAUUGAUGAGAGAGAUGCCACUGCAAGUCCUGUCCACUCCCCAAUCGAUGUCCUCGCCUCAUUUGAAGAGAGUGGGCUCGUUACUCCAGCUCCGAUGACUAAGACAGGAAAGUCAGACAGCUACUGGAGGGACCUCUGCAUAAAAUAUGCCCAGGGCCAAUACCGCUUCUCGACUGGCAAACGGCCAGGGGCCAAGAAAUGGAAAAAGGCCUUGGAGAGUUCACUAUGCAGGAUUCGUUAUGCCAUCAAUGCAAAAGCCAACAGUACUAACACCGAAGCCAACGCCAUCACCACCGAAGCCCACACUACUACCACCGAUGCCAACGACAUCUCUGCUCCCUCCUUCAAAUAG